UCUUCCACUGCGGCCUUGGGCAUGGAAACAUCUGGCCCGCGAGCCGGAGGCCUGAUUGCAGCCACAGCGCGCCACUCCGCGUCCCACGGCGCCGAGUCUCCCCAUGUGCCCUCGCGAGACGAGCUCUCCGAGAAGUCCGCAGCCAGUCUGGGACAUUUUGAGUUACUGGACCUUGCAGAAUCUACUAAAAAGCCCUGGUGGUGCGGGCUGUUCCAGCAGGAAUGUGGGCCCACCACUCAAAAGUAUAGCGUGGCAACCCAGCUGUUGAUUGGAGGUGUCACUGGCUGGUGCACGGGUUUCAUAUUCCAGAAGGUUGGAAAGUUGGCUGCAACAGCUGUGGGAGGAGGAUUUUUUCUCCUUCAGCUUGCAAACCACACUGGGUACAUCAAAAUUGACUGGCAACAAGUAGAGGAGGACAUAAAGAAAGCCAAGGAACAGCUGAAGAUCCGUAAGAGCAACCACAUAUCCAAGGAGGUGAAAAGCAAAGCUGAGGAGAUGGUGUCAUUUGUGAAGACAAACUUGCUAGUGACUGGUGGGUUUUUCGGAGGCUUUCUCCUUGGCAUGGCAUCCUAA